AUGGACCGUAUUCUGCCUGAAAUCCUUGAGGCAAUCUUUAUCGCUCUCAAGCGCGCUCCACUGGAGUUGGAGCAGCCCGACACGGAUCCAGAUGGCCCAGAUAGGCCCAAAGCUCGUCCCAAGAAGCUUCAUCCCUACCACUGGCGAGUGGUUCUUCUCGUCUGUCACAAGUGGCACGAUAUCGCGGUCGACUGCUCGGCUCUAUGGAAUGUUGUCCGCCUUCACCUCCUCGAGGACCCCCUUCCCUUCCUCGAGCGCUCCAAAGUCCAGCCUCUCUUCCUGACUGCGAUUGAUGACGACAGCACGUAUACACUGCGACCGGGCAAUAUCAUCACGGAUAGACUCGUCUCUGCCAUGGACCGGGUCAAGAGCGUCGUGCUCGAAGGUGAUGGGACAUACUUGAGCAGUUUUCGCCAACUGCUUCAGCACGAUGCUCCUCUCCUUGCCAACCUACGCAUAAAGUACCAUGUGCGGGACGCUGAACUCCCCAUACCCAACCCUCAAAUGUUUAGACUUCCUUGCACCUUGCUUGGAAAUACUAAGGAACCACAAUUACGCAGUCUCACGCUCGAUCGCUGCGAUUUCCACGUCAAAUGCAUGUCCAUGUUGCGUAACCUCGUCACCCUGUCGUUCACCAAUUGUAUUCUGAGUGCCGCCGACCUCCUCUGCACCUUGCACCAACUCCCUCAGCUCGAGAACCUGCAACUCGAGGACCUAUAUUUAGAGGGCGGGGACGUUAUUGAUGAUGUUGGACGUUACCGCUUCCCCAAGCUCAAGCGUUUCCUUAUCUACGCCCUCAUAGAUGAUAUCCACGAAAUCGCACAGCACGUCGAGUUGCCACCCGACACAGUCAUUUCUGUCCAGUGGCAAUUUCCAGAGCCUGAUUUCAUCGACACAAUCGGCGCGAACCGUGCUUUCAAACAGCUAGCGGAAGCCCGGUCCCCUGGUCGUCCCCUCAAGCAUGCUAUGAUUCGCUGCACAUGGCCAGGGGAGGUGGACAUCUACGACGACGAUCCCGAACCCGACGAAACGUACCUUCGCUACCAAUUCCUCCGCGUAGACGAUGAUCCGGAAUCAGACUCGGACGACACAAACAGUGAUUGGGACGACCUGCCUCCUCCGUUGGAUGUCGUCCUGGACAGUCUCACACAUUUACCCACGAGCACAGUGACCCACCUCACCUUGGACUUCGGAGCGUCGCCCUGCCUAGUCGCUUUCAUACCCCAGAAUGGGGGCCUUUUGGCGGAUCUGGCAGGUGAUCGAGAAGUUACUUUUGAUCCUUGUUCGCGAAUUGUCGAUCUCGUCGACGUCUUCCCGAAUCUCGAAUGGCUCUCCUGCGUAGGUCAGGACGACUUCAUCCGCUUCCUCGGGCACUUGCCACCGAAGGGCAACGAUCCUCUGACGCUCGUGAAGGCAGCAAAGUACGACAAGAGCCCCCCGCCUUGGCCGAAGCUCAAAACUCUGAUAGUCGAGGGUUGGUGCAAUACGGCUGAAGAGAUCAACGUCCUCCUCUAUGCCCUAGCCAACCGAUGCCGGCGGAAAGCUCCCGUUUCGCAUCUCGUUGUUGGCGCCCCUACCCUCACAAAGACGGAGGCUGGCAUGUUCCUUUGGUUCGUCCGUACCAUCGACGUUCAGAAGAUCGUCAAAGCCUGGGUCACCAGAAGAGAUCCCGUUCCGAUAGAGAUGGUAAUGGAGCUCUCCAGGGCGAAAGGAGAGUGGUAUUGGUCCGAGUCCGAGAGGCUCGAAUCUGACUGGGAUUUCGCGAACGACGCCCUCAUGCGAAGUCGUCGUGACUUUUCCGCCCGUACCAUUAUCGAGAUUCUCAAGGGAUGGCCUCCUGGGAGGCUGGUACAACUUGUAGAAGCGGGUAUCAUUUACGGUGUGGAGACGACUCCGAAGCCGAAGUGGAUAGGGGAUGAGUUAUGGAAGUUCGCGUUCAGGAUUGCGGGUGGCGGUCCUGCGGUGAGUGAAUAUAUAGAUACUGUGGUAGGAUUGGAGAAGGUAUCAGAUGAUGGAAAUUGGAAAGGUGAAGAUGACCUUUCGGAUGAUAUCAAAGAGGUCGAAGAGACGCAGCAGUGAGCUGAGAGGUCAUCGUUUGUAGCCCGUAGACGCCUACCUUUGCUUGCUUGCCCAAUCGUCUUGACGGAAGAAAUACAAUGUACAUGCCAAUAAC